AUGGCACUAUUGUCCGCGUCGGCAAACGAGCUUACGGAUUACCUGACGGUAAGCAAUCAGCGCCGCUCAUGGACACCCGCAACGAAGGAGUUACAAGCGUUGCCGACCUUUAAGGGAUUAGGGAUUUGGAGAUUAAGGAACUGGGGAGGGAUUGGGGAAGGGGAAGGAUUGGACUUCCGGUUGAGGCGAGAGGACAGACUCUUCCUGACUAAAAACCCCCAGUUCAUUCUCCUGCUCAAGGCCGAGGGUGCGUUGCCUUAUUGUGCUUGCCCCCCAACCCUGGCUGAAUAUAAGCCCUAUAGGGCAUCGUCUGUGGUGAUGGGGUCUGGUUCUGGUUGCCGCCCGGCCAGUACUAAACCCGAGCUUAUGGCGCGUAGCAUUCUGUGCCCCUCAAAGUGUCAACAGACCAUCAUAGAACGGGCCCAAUAG